AUGGAGGAAUUCGAAGUCGUCAAUAAACUUACCGGCGGCCUCCGCCACCUCCGAGUUCGUGAAGCUGACGAAGUCGUCAAGUAUUCUGUCCCAGUCGAAACUGUGCCUCGUCCGGGUUUCAACACCACUGGCAAAGAAGUGGAUAUUUCUCUAAACGCAUACCCGAUCACCAAGUUCCCUAGUAGGAACGUUUACCAAUACGAUGUCAACAUCGGGAGCGGUGAUGAGAAAAAUAUCGUCUGCAAGAAGGUCUGGAACUCGAAUGCGAGAAAGACUGCUUUGAAGCAGAUCAUCUACGAUGGUCGCAAGCUUGCAUGGUCGAUGAACAACUAUUCGAACGGACUGAAUAUUAUGGUCGACCUUGAUGCCGAACAAGGCCGCCCUGGAGGUCGAACCUCGAAUGCGUUCCGUCUAGUUGUACGGCCUACUAAGACGGUCAAUCUCGCCGUCUUGAAUGCCUGGCUCCAGGGACGUGCUGCUUUUUCUGAAUCUGUUUUAGAGGCUCUGAAUUUUCUUGACCACGUCAUUCGGGAAUGGCCCAGCGGCAAAUUUUUGGCAAUUCGCCGGUCCUUCUUCGACGAAAAUGGAGAGCACAAGGACUUGGGCAAUGGUGUGUUGGCCUUCAAGGGCGUCUAUGAGGCUAUUAGGCCUGCUAUUAAUCGUGGGCUUAUUGUCAACAUUGACGUGUCAAACACUUGCUUCUGGGCUCGCACUUCUUUUUUGGGUGCUGCUAUGGCCGUCUUGGACUGUCGUGAUCAUCAGCAUCUCAUGCAUGAGCUUAGACCUGUCGCGGAUGGUCACGGCGGCACAACCGAAUCGAACGCAUUUUUUGAAGUCCACCGCCGGCUGAAAAAGCUCGUGGUCCAAGCACAUUACCGGGGCUGCCCUUGCACGAAUGUGAAUUUUACUGUUAAGGGCCUCAUCAAUGCCAGUGCUAGCAAGUACAUUAUCGAGAUCAAGGACAAAGCGACCGGUAUCAUUGAGAAGAUCACAGUUGAGCAAUAUUUCAAGAAGAAAUACAACCUUCUACUCACAUACCCAGAUCUUCCCAUGGUUGAAAUGACAAAGAAAGGCAUUGUCUACCCCAUGGAGUACUUGACUAUCCAUGGUCUCCACAAAUAUCCUUGGAAACUAAACGAAUACCAGACCUCGCAGAUGAUCAAAUAUGCUGCGGCACGCCCAGCUGAUCGUCUCAAUUCAAUCCAUAAGUCCAAGAGAAUGCUGGAUCAUUCUAAGGAUCCGGUUCUACAGACUUUCGGACUCCAAAUUGACGAAAACAUGAUCCGUACUAAGGCUCGAUUGCUUCCAAACCCUGAUAUCCAGUUUGGCGGCAACCAACGUCACAAUCCAGGAACCAACGGCCGCUGGGAUCUUCGUGGAAAGAAGUUCUACCAGCCGAACAAACAGCCUCUCAGCUGCUGGGGUGUUGGGUUUAUCCCAGGCAAACGCAACGCCAUCAACAGAACCCAGGUGGAACACUUUGUUGACGGUUUCAUGAAGACCUAUGCUGGCCAUGGAGGAAAUGUUACCCAACGUCCCUUAAUUGCUGAAUUGACAGAGGACACCGGUGAGGCCAUAAAGAGACUUUUCAACUCAACCGGUAACAAAUUCCAAAGGGAGCCCCAGCUCCUGUUGAUUAUUGUCCCAGACAAGAACUCGUUCACAUACCUCCGGAUUAAGAAAUCCUGUGACUGCCGUUGGGGUGUGCCUUCCCAGGUCUUGCAGUCUGCCCACGUGGCUAAGGCGAACCCGCAGUAUAUUUCUAACGUUUUGAUGAAAGUCAAUGCAAAGCUCGGGGGUACCACUGCUCGCAUUAUACCAAAAGUCAAUGAUGCCAACCUCAGGCCAAUGUCGAUGAUCAUUGGUGCGGAUGUCACGCAUCCUACCAUAGGUGUUUGGUCGCCUUCGAUGGCCGCUGUAUCCGUCUGCAUGGAUACUUUUGGUGGGCGCUACUGGGGUGCCUGUGAGACGAAUGGCGACCGAGUGGAGGUUAUCGCUCGUGCAAAUAUGGAGCACAUGCUCACCCCACUUGUGCGAGAGUGGAUGUCUACUGUUGGUCAAGGACGCGCCCCCGAAAACGUUUAUUACUUCCGCGAUGGUGUCUCAGAGGGGGAGAGAGAGAAGAUUCUCAAGCAAGAAGUCUUGGAUAUGAAGUCUAUCUUCAUGAAAUUAACCCAAGAUAAAUGGAAGGGAAAGUUUACAGUUAUCAUCGCAAACAAGCGCCACCAUAUCCGAGCAUUCCCUAAACCGAAUGAUCGUAAUGCGGCCGACAAAAACGGUAAUCCUCUGCCAGGACUUCUCAUUGAGAAGGACGUUACUAGCCCGCAUGACUGGGACUUCUUCCUAUACUCUCACAUUGCACUUCAAGGUACCUCACGGCCCGUCCAUUACCAUGUUAUUUUGGACCAAAUUGGGCACAAAGCACAUCAGCUAGAGAACAUGAUCUAUGAUCAUUGUUAUCAGUACAUGCGGUCUACUACCUCGGUUUCAUUGUUCCCCGCAGUUUACUAUGCACACCUUAUUGCGGCCCGCGCUCGUCAUCAUGAGGAUGUGCCUGCCAGUUCUGGUCCGCGAAGCGGACGCGAAGUUCCAAUGACGAACCCUAAGCCCAAGGAUAAGCCCGUCGACCCGAGGCUCCUGCCAAUUCACGGUACUCCAAAUAGACUGCCCUUCGCAGUUUGGUACAUCUAA